AUGCUGUAUCUUCACGGCAACAGAAACCCAACUAAGACAAUUCCAAACCUGCAACACUCUGAAAAUGAGAAAGCUCCUUCUGUCCGUGGGAAGGUCCAGGCAGAAGGGACUGGUGCUACAGGAUGCAAACGGCACCACCUGGGGCCCGUGCGAAGAAGAGCCAGGCGGCAGACGGUGGGAAGAGAGGGCGAACGCGGGCAGCAGCAGCAGCAGACGCUGCGGAGGCGGCAGCGCAGCCCGGGGCUGCUCCAGGCUCCGGCUCCCCGGCGGCCCCGCCGCUGCUGCAGGUGCUCUGCCGCCCUCUGCUGGCCGUGUGCAAACGCUGUUUCGAACCCGGAGGCCCCGCAUCAAUUCUGCGCCGACUGUGUGCCCGGUGCAGGGUCAACACACCCCGCAACACACCCGAGGGUGGAGCGUCGUCACCGCUCCUUGCAGAGAAGGAAACUGAGUCUGGGAGGCAGCCGUCAGCUGUGGGUGGCAGGGUUGGGACUUGGCCCUGGCCCGCGCUCUCAGAUAGGGGACAGGAAGUGGGAGGGCCGUAUCCAGCUCAGCCUGAAGCCCAGUUUACUUUUUGGUCACAAGAACCACCGUGCAGCCCGGGCGCGGGCCUGGUGCCAGAGGAUUCCAGCGUGCAUUAGGGCGGCUGCCGGCUCCACGGAGGCCCCAGCCAGCUCGCAGAGCGCUGGAGGCCCAGAGGCACUGAUCGGGCCGUCCCGCGGAGUUAGAAGCCUCACGACAAGCGGAGGAGUUGAGCCCUCUGGGACUCCCGUCAGGUCUGUCAGGGCCAAGGCUGGCUGCCAGGCUUUGUUCUCUGGACGGCUGGUGCCAGGCGUGGGCCCCACCCUCAGGAGCCAACCUGCAGGGUGGCUGCCCACGAGUAGAUGGCCUCCAAGCACAGGUCCACACUGGCAGGGUGUAGGGAAAGCUACUUCGGAGCCCUCCCAGAACUCUUGUUCACCUCUUCCUGUCUGGUUUCGGAUCAGACCUCUGAAUACUCAACAGAGAUCUCUAACCGGCCUGACUUCCUUUGAAGCCCUGCCUCAGGGCCUUUGCACAGCAGCUCCCUGGGCCAGGUUGACUGAAACCCCGGCUGACUCCCUCUCUCAAAUCUUUCCUCAGGACCUUGAUACCAGCAUUCAGGCACACGGUGUCCCCUGGCCUCUGAGACAGGCAGAACCCCCACUGCAGAGAUCCAGCCUCAGGGAGAGAGUGAGCCGCAGACAGGAGGAGGCCGCUCUCAGGGAAGCCUGUGUGUUGAAGGACAUCCAGUGCAAGUCUUCGGUAACUGCUGGAAGUGGCCAGCAAGCCAGAUGUCUCUGUGACGUGUUUGUGUGCUGCCAGAGGCAGCCAGAAGAGGACGCUGGAUCCCUGGACGCAGUUCCAGAUGGUUUGAGUCACCAUGUGAGACCUCUGCAAGAGCGGCCAGUGCUCUAAC